UUCACAUCCAUCCCACCAAGUUUCGUGCAUCGUGAAUGAAGAAGCUUGAGCACGGAUGGGAUAGGGCUCGAGAGAGGUCGAAAGAGGUAAAGAGGGAGAGGAAAGAGGAAGAAUGUCUAACUAACCUACCUAUCUAUUUAACUUUUCUUUCCAUUUCUCUUUUGUACACAACACAAUACAAACAUACUUGGCACCGUUUUCCGCUCCAUCAAUAUAACUCAAUAUACUCUCACUCGACUAGCAUUGCUCUUCUUUUACUCCUCACUCCCUUCAAUUCAUUUUCUCCAUUUUCAUUCAAAUACCUUUGUAAUAUCAAAGACACAAAAACUUCAUCUAUUUAUCUCAUUUGAUUGUCUAUUCUUACCUCUUUACCUCAAGCAAUGUCAUCAUCCAUCAGUUACACUAUGCCCGAUACUCCCAAUACUACUGCUACUACUGCAGCUGCCCCCGCCACUCAAGAAAAACCGCUUAAUACUGACAUGUGAAUAUUCCAUUCUCUAUCUCUCAAUUGCCCAUUGACUUAAUUCCACUUCUUCCCAUGCCUCACUUCUUUUUUUUCAUAAAUCAUGUCCGCCAACCUAACAAAACGAUUUCCUAGAAAGAAAGUCGCUAUUAUCGGAAGUGGAUGUGCUGGAAUAGGUGCUCUUUGGGCUUUGAAUCGCACGCAUCACGAUGUUUAUAUUUAUGAAGCUGCAGAUCGACUGGGAGGACAUACAAAUACUGUCAAGUAUCAUCACAAUGGCAAAACCACUCCAGUUGAUACAGGUUUUAUAGUCCUGAAUACUGCUACCUAUCGUAAGUUAUUGCUUUGCCCGACUUUCUCCGCCCACGCAGCUUUCAAGAAACAUGUGGGCUAAAGCAAAAUACAUAUAGCAAACUUCAUAGCUUUCCUCAAUGCUCUCAAUGUUCCUAUCGUACCAACUGAAAUGACUUUUGGAGUCUCUCGAGAUAAGGGAUUAUUCGAAUGGUCCGGAACAUCACUCUCAUCAGUGUUCGCACAACGAAAGAACCUCUUCUCAUUACGGAUGUGGAGGAUGAUAUUUGAUAUCAUACGUUUUAACCAGUUUGCUUUGGACCUACUCAAAGAUGACGAGAAUAGUGAGGACUAUGUGAAUGGGAGUGGAACUUCAAAGAACACGCACCAUGCAGUAAAACAAGAAACUAUCGGUCAAUACUUGGAUAGGGAAGGAUAUUCCGAUGCGUUCAGAGAUGAUUACCUUAUUCCAAUGACGGCAGCGGUAUGGAGUACAAGUCCGGAUAAAUGUUCUCUAGAAUUCCCUGCCGUUACUUUGGUCCGAUUCAUGUGAGUCUAAAUUUCGGAGCCCAAGCGCUGUCAUUGCUAACACGUUCAGGUGGAAUCAUCAUCUAUUAAGUACCGUUGCUGCUCGCCCUGAAUGGCUAACGGUCAAAAAUGGUGCCAAAACUUACCUUGAUGCCGUGAUGAAAGGUUUUCCCCCUAAUCAUAUAUAUCUCUCAACUCCCGUCGAGUCAAUACGUAAUGACGACGACAAUCGUGUGCGCUUAUGUCUCGAGAAUGGCAAGGAAGAGGUGUUUGAUCACGUUAUAAUAGCUACUCAUGGAGAUACUGCAUAUAACCUAGUUCGAUCAACUUCCACGGCCGCCGAACGUCGUAUCCUGACUGGAUUUCAGACCUCGAAAAAUACGGCUGUCCUUCACUCCGAUCUUGCUCUCAUGCCUCAAAACAGAGAAGCAUGGUCUGCUUGGAAUUACAUAACCGCCUCUUCUAAUUUUUCGACCUCGAAAUCUCGAAAUGUUGACCAAGUUUGCUUAACAUAUAACAUGAAUAUCCUCCAGCAUAUUCCAACCUCCAUAUUUGGCCAUGUCCUCGUCACACUUAAUCCUCUAUUUCCGCCGAAACCAGAAUUCACCCACAGUACGUACACAUAUCGUCAUCCGCUUUAUAACACUCGUGCUGUUACCUCUCAAUCUCAACUCCCGGAGAUACAAAACACGAGAGGUAUAUCAUAUUGUGGAGCAUGGACCAAAUAUGGAUUUCACGAAGAUGGCUUCAGUAGUGGGAUAAAGGUAGCAAUGGAUCAUCUAGGUGCACAUCUUCCAUUUAAGUUCAAAGAUAGUACAUUUAGUCGAGGCAAGCGCCCUGUACUUGGACUUAGCGACUUGAUCCUGAGAAUUUGGAUCUUGGGUGUGCAAUGGUUUGUGGUUAAUAUAUUGGAGAGAAUCCUGCGUAUUGAAAGAGGAACUAGAUCUCGAGUGGAGAUCGAGAAAAAGAAGUUUGUUUGAUUUAGUCUGAUUUCCGGUUUUCGAAGUCCGCAAAGCAUAUGACGGCCUAGGAUCAUGUAAGGCAGAGUGUACAUGUUUGAUAUUAAUGGGGCUUUUGGAGUAUUUGGAAAAGUGAUAUUGCCUGGGUUCAUAGCGGGGACUUGCCGCGGUCCGGGUAUAUGUUAUAUUAUGUACUAUAUUGUUCGAGUACAGAGCAGGUCUCGAAACGGCAUGUUUAUGUCAACAUAGCAGCAUGUCAAUGUAGCGUGACAUUUAUAAUGAAGAGCGAUAAUCUUAAGUUACAUGUGUAAAGGAGUUUCUAGAUGUCAGUGACUUUUAUAUUGCAUC